GGUUGGUAUGCCAUGUCGAGGAGGAAUUGACUGAGAUAGCUUUGUGUAACUCUUGCAUAGUUUUCUCUGAAAGUGUCAGAGUAGGGAGCGAAAGUUUGGAUAGAAGAGGAAAAAAUCGAAAAAUUUAGCUCCUACCGGCCUCUUCACGAAACAUGGAAUCCCAUGUUUCUGGCUCUCAGACUUUUUGGUGGAUACAAACAUCGGAAAUUUAUAUCUCUGACGAUGAAUAAUUAAUCAAAUGAAAUCAUUGAUUUUAAAAAUUGGGAGGUUUCAAUGUCUUGCGUGUAAUAGCUUACUAUAAGUUUGCCACAUUUUUCCCGUAUCCGCUGCACUCUCCAUCAUCUCCUUUCUGUUUGGUUAGAUUUGAUGCAGCGUUCACCUCCCAUCUUAAGACAUUAACUGAAGAAGUGCAAACUGAAGAGCAACAAACGGCCUAUAACGAACUGAUAACACGAUUUGGUACACAUUAUGUUUCUUCUGUCAUUGUUGGUGGGCGGAUACACAUAUAUACGUUUAUCGGUGAAGAAUAUCUCAAACGAAAAGGCCGAGCAAUCACAGAAAAAGUGAUUAGUGAUGAAUUUCAAGCUAGAACAUCUGGUAAAUCAAGAUCUAACGAUUUCAGAACUGCAAUAACGUACCUGCCACCAGUAGCAUCAAUGAAUAAAUGGCUAGAUACCGCCUCAGAUUCACCCGCGGUCAUCAAUCGAACAGUUUCAAGUCUAUCCAAUUUGAUCAGCAGUUAUUCAAAAAAGAUUCGAAAACAUCUUCAGAGAACCAUCGAUUACUAUAUGAAAUACGGUGUCCUGCCGAUAUUAACACAAAUAAAUACUACACGUCAAAAACGACAAAUAAAUAACGCUGUUAGAAAUACUUUAGAGCCGAUUCCUGGUCUGGAUGUGGUUGGUUGUGGAUUUGACAUAACCUUUCUUGAAAGUAAAUUUUGUCUGUUAAAUAUUAACAAUAGUAACACUUCUUGGACAGAUCCAUUUAAUGCUUCCGCCACGUUUUCUAUCCCAAAUGGAUAUUUUGUGAUGAACACACCGGAGAUGUUAGUCAAACACGGUAGCAAAAUAUUCUCCAACUUAACCGAAUUCUACCAGGAAACGUACUCUUUGACACAACAGGAUACCUGGGGUUUCUUUGGAUUUGGCGCGACAUCUUCAACAAAGAUUGUUGAGAAUCGAUAUAGACAGAGAUAUCAAUAUAAUUCUUCUCUGGCAUGGACAUAUAAACAGAUCAUCUGGUACACCCUAGCAGUGGCAUCUUUUCCUCGGCCUAAACUCAAUCCGAUUGCUAAACGUGCUUUUAACGAAGUUCCGUCAACAUACGAUUCGACAAAUGUUGAUUUUUGGAGAGAAUUUUUCCUCUCAUACGGUACCCAUUAUAUUGUUUCAGCUGAAAUGGGUGGAAUCGCAUGGGCCGAAGAUUGGUUACAAAAAUGUUUCGUUGAGAAAAAAAAUGAAAUAUGGGCGAGAGAACAAGUGAUGCAGUACUGGUGGUUUAUCAGUUUAUCGUCAACCACUGAGUCAUACAAUGUAGAGAUCUCAAAAUAUUCUAAUGAAUCACUGACCUCUCGAUUUCAGUUGAUUGGCGGUAUUGAAACAACACAUAGAAGACGCUUUGUGGCGGUCGAUGAAUCAAAUGCUUUCAUAAGCAGAUUAGAAUCAAUGGAAGAUUCAACACCACCACCGUCUACGAUAUUCAAAUGCGGACCUGAUCGAAAGAAACGUACUGUAUCACCUAGAUUUGAUCUGACUGAUGCGCGUUUAGCUCUCUGUCCGAUGAUCGGAUAUUACGGCAGCCAGUAUUGUCCAAACGACGAAGGACAUAAUUCAUCAAGUCGAGUAUUCACGCGAACUGGGAGACAAAGAUCUUCUUCAUUGUUACCCCUUCCAUUACCAACGGGUAUCGGUAUGGCUAUUGAUGUUGCCACAGGAAAGCUGUUGUUACCCGCUUUGGAACUCACAUUUUCCACUACCAUAACUAACCGUACAGUUCUAUGGACAGAUUCAAAAUCGGGUCAAGCGUUCAUUGUACCGACUGAAGCUGCACUUUAUAGUCCUGAUGGUGCUCAGACUACGACCGAUAUUCGCAUAUUUCGAAAUGAACAAGAGCUUGUUGAUGUUUGGUUAAGAAAUGAAAAUCCUGGAAGCUGGUCUGGUGGUGAGUACUCACAAAUGAACUGGUUCAAAAAGAUGUCCACCUGA